UUUCGAGUUCAGCAAUACGCUACAAUUUAUAACUACUAUAGCUUUCCUUAUAGAUUCAAGCUGUUCAAUAUUUCUGCCAAUCGUUGCUUGUAAUAAACCCGAUGAGUUUGGCUAAUCCGGUACAGUUAUUACAUAAGCCCGGCUCGACCCACCCAUCACUAUCCGACGGACCGGAUGGGUUUGAUCGCUCAUGGUUCAUGGGCAAAUGGGGCGUUGUGUGGAGUACUCUGCCCAUGUGGAAGGACAAGAAAGAUGUAACGAUCACGUACACCCCCGUGGCCAAACGUUGUGAAGCAAAAAUUGUCGAAUUUGAAGAUUUAGUGGAGUAUAAAACAAAAUCAAGCACGAACGGCGGCAAAACUAAUACCAUCAAGGGAAUCGAUACUUUGUCGCCCGGUUCUAACGGAGCUACUUUUGACUGGAAAGGCAAAGGACUUCUAUUCUUUGUCCAUUCUCACUGGGAAGUGCUCGGGUACGGAAAGGAUGUCGAACAAGGGCUAGAGUGGGCUGUUACUUAUUUCUCCAGAACAUUGUUCACCCCAGCGGGCAUUGACAUCUACGUCAGAACCAUCCCCUCCUCAUCUAAAUCACAAAAUUUGACCGCUCCCGAAGACCUGUUGCAACAGUUGGUAAAUGAAAUUCAAAACAUCGAUGUAAAUAGCAUAAGGACCCUGGCAACGCAGGGAUUUAGAGUUCCUGGAAGCGUCUGAUCACAAUAAGGUGGUUACGGAGUAUGGUUGUCUUUUUUCUAAUUGGAAGUAGAUAUAUAUCCAUAUGCCGCAAUCUUUGUAUUGCGGAUCUUGUGAGGAGUUGUUUAUAUUGACAAUAUUUCUACCCCAUCGUCCGUGAUUAAUACUUGAUGCUCGAACUGGGCGGCCCGAGCUCCCGUCUGAGGUCGUAGAUUCCUUAGCAUAUCCUUCUGAGUAAUGUCAUGCACACUCACUC